CACGGCACCUGGUGGUCAGAUACUGCAACCCGAAAGUGAUAUUGAUUUUUUUUUUUUUUGAUAGCCCGUGUAUUUCCCAUAAGAAAAAACAAAAACAGAGUUAGAAAAAUUAUUUUUUUAUAAAAUAACUUUAUAUGAAUAAUAAUAUGUUUUUAAAUGUCAAUAGUUAAAUUAAAUGUGUAUAUUUUGAAAACAAGUGUAACAUACGUGUAAAGUCGGUGAUAUAAUGUUUAAUUUCGUGGUUCAAAAAUGUAAACAAACAGCCCCUUUUACAAGGAAAAAGAAACAGGCAUUUGUUUUUAAAAAAAAAUUCCUUUUGAUUUUAAAAAUAAAAGCAUACAAUUCAUGGCACAGGAUAAAUCACAAGACUUCAACGUUUCUGGCGAUGAAGAGGAUGAGGUGGAUGGGGGCACUUUUUUUAAAGUUCAAAUCCACCAAAUAAUGAGCUACUUCGAAAACGCCGUACGCCCUCUUCGUGAGGGUGAAAACAUCCUAGACGCAGGAUGGAUCCAUUCCUUGGGCACAACGAAAGAAAAAAUAGUUGGCUAUGUGUUCCAAGCGUCUCACGUCGGUGAACGGCCUCACGAAGUUUCCAUUGAAAACAUCAAUGAAGAGAGCUCAAAAUGGAAGUGCGGAUGUUCGUGCAAAGCAGGGAUUGGAGCGAAAUGUAAACACAUUGCCGCCUGUUUAAUUUCAAUCCAAAGAAAUCCCUAUUUGCACGAACUAAGCUCAACAGAGCUGCAGCAGAAGUGGGGAAAAGUAGCACGGGAUAUGGUCGCAGGGCUUGGCGGAGUUGAAGUGGUGGAUAUGUGUCACGUGUUGAAAAAGGUGAACACAUUUGACGAUGUAGUCACCGAUGACAUGGCUAAAAAAAUUCUGGCCAUGGGGCAUGAAGCUUUCCCAAAUUCCGAAUUCGGUCGGAUGAAAAGGGCAUAUAGGUCUUCAUCUUCCGCGAAUGAACCCACUGUGGAAGAAGAAGACACUGGAAUGGACGGUUUCUUCGAAAUGAUUUUCAUGGAAAAUGAAAACCUGAAAGCGUUUGAGUUCCAAAUGAAAAAUUGUAUUAAAAACGAAACGUACAAAAUACUUUUCGAAACAAAAAUCCAAAAAUCAAAGGAAGAAGCAAUACAAAUAUGCAAAAAAACACUUAGUCAGUCAUCUUUUGAAUGGCUUCAAGAGAGGCGACUAAGAAUAACAGGAAGCAUUUCUUACCAACUCUUUACAUACUCCAAAAAUAAGAAUCCGGAUUGGCCAAAAAAAAUAGCUUCAACUUAUGCAAGCAGUUUUAAGGGAAAUGAAGCCACAAGGUACGGCCAACUAUCGGAAAAGGAAGCGAAAGAGGUGUAUGGUAAAACUUAUUUAAUUUUCGACUGCGGCAUAUUUAUACCGCCCACUCUUCCUUACCUGGCGUUCAGCCCUGAUGGGAUCUCCUACAAUGGUGAUGAGUGGAAAUUGGUAGAAAUUAAAAGUCCUAUCAAAGGGAAAUUAAAAUCUGCCAAGGACCUUCUGCCGGAAUUGAACUAUUUAAAGCUUUAUGACGGCGCUGUUUAUAACUUGAAAGAGCGCCACGAGUACUAUGGACAGAUUCAACUGGGACUCUUCCUGCUAAACCUCCAGAGCUGUGAUUUAGUAAUAUAUAGUUCCUUUGAGAAAAAAAAUAUAGAAAUUAUCAAUGUUAAAAAAAACUUAGAUUUUAUUGAAGAAUAUAUAUCAAUAUUAACAAGUGUUUAUUUUGAACACAUAUUGCCAAAACUGUGAUAUACUGUGAUAAGACUUUAAUUGAAUGUACACUCGACUGAUUCAAAACAAAAAUUAUUUCUUUUUUGUUCAUAGUUAUAUCUAAAAUAUUGUUGGAAAUGAGGAACAAAUAAUACUGUAAGGGUUACAGCCCUUAAUAUUAAUAUUAAGUACUGCCGCAUCACAAACUUCUAUUUCCCAUAUGAAUUACAUGAUUGUGUUUUUGAGUUUGGAAUUUUAUAACUUUUUAAUGGUUUAUCAAUAAGGCUGGUCUAAAUCAUUUUCAUGUAUAAAAUUAAACGAUCUACAAAAAAGCUUUUAUUAAUUUUUUUCGAUAAACUACCCCGUUUCGAAGUUCUUUAAAAUAUAAAAU